AUGCUCCUCCCAGUAGUCCUCUCCCUCCCGGCCCUGGCGGUCGCCCUUCCCAACCUCCAAUCUCGCCAGGAUAAUGUCCAUCACCUCCCGCUCACCCGUCGCACCACUCACCGCAUUGGCCAAUAUGUGGACCUCGAGAGGAUAGCGAAGAGCAGAGAUUUCCUUCAAUAUAAGUACGGAUUGAAGAGCAGCGAGGGCAUCCAGAGGAGAGCCAGUGAGGCCGGGAUCAGUGUCAUUAACCAGGGCGGCGACACGAGUUAUUUGGCCAGUGUCAGCGUUGGUACACCAUCACAAUCGCUCGAUGUGGUCCUUGACACGGGCUCCUCGGAUCUCUGGUUCGCGACGACGGCGUGCACCAAUUGCCCAACUGGGACACCCGAGUUUGACACCUCCAAAUCCUCCUCCCUCAACACCUCCUCCCAGACCAUCCGACUUUCAUAUGGAUCUGGCACCGCUUCGGGAAACCUCCUCCAGGACACCGUUUCGCUGGGUCCCUACACCAUCUCCAACCAAAUAUUCACUGGCGUCACCACGCUCUCCGACGGUCUGAUCGACGGCUCAUUGGCCGGUAUUCUUGGACUGGCCUUUCAGAAUCUCGCCGUCUCUCAAGCCACACCGUUUUGGGAGGCUCUGGUCAACGCGGGCGAGCUGAGCAGUCCGGAGAUGGGCUUCUACCUCACCCGAUUCCUCGACGACGCGACUUCGAGCACCGAGACGGACCCGGGAGGAACCUUCACCCUCGGUGGCACCAACAGCAGCCUCUUCAAGGGUGACAUCCAGUUCAACGAGAUCCCAAGUGGCUUCCAGCCUAGCUUCUGGUUGCAGACCGUCUCCGGCCUCACCGUGAACGGCAACUCGGUUAGCAUCGGCAGCGACGCGGAUAACAUCGCCGCCAUCGACACCGGCACCACUCUCCUCGGCGGCCCGACGGCCGCCGUCGAGGCUUUCUGGGCUCAAGUUACUGGCGCGCGUCAGCUCAGCGGGGCGAACUCCGGCUUCUGGGCGUUCCCCUGCACCACGAAUGUCAGCUCGACGCUCGCGUUCGGCGGCACGGCGUGGCCCAUCUCGGCCGAUGAUAUGAACCUCGGUCAGAUCGCACAGGGCUUCUGCAUGGGCGCGUUGUUCGACGUUACUCAGGGUGCUGCGACGAGCUCAGGCAGCCCGAGUUGGAUCGUCGGUGAUACGUUCCUCAAGAACGUAUACACUGUCUUCCGCGCUGGCGACAGCCCCGCUGUCGGCUUUGCCGAGCUGGCCGUCGGUUCAAGCGACUCAAGCUCCCCAUCAACUGCGCUACCAACCGUAGCAACAACAUCAACACAGGCAGUCCCGACGCCUUCAACGUCUGCUGCCUCUGUAACAACAGAAAUCACGACUUCGAUGUCUUCGUCGGAUAAUGGGGGAGGUGUAGUUGUACAGACGCUGACGACUGUUGUUCAAAAUACAGGCUCGCCUACUUCGACUGGAGCUACCACUAGCGCCCGUGUCUCAGGCGGUGCUGGUCUGCCUACGCCUUCUGGUUCGACCAGCGGCGCCAGUGCACGUACUGCCAGCGGACCCGCCACCGGCUUCUUAAGUGUCGCGCUGGGCGCGGCGAUCGGCAUCGCGGCCCUCAUGCUGCGAUAG